AUGGGACCUAUUGCUCCAAGCUCUCAUUCAGGUAUUUAUGUGAAUAGGUGUGUCAGCAUGAAGACUUCUGCCGGCAACGUUGUAAAAAUGUGCAAAACUAGGGAGUUAGAUGAUUUGUAUUACAUGACAGUUUUCUUUUGUCGAACUAUAUCUGGUGUGAAUGGUAAUGCUAUUAAACGAGGUUUGGUGUCCACACCACCGAGUCAUAUGAUAGGAGAUGAUACAACAAACUACAGGGUGAAUGCUUGGAUACGAAGUAAAAACAAUGGAUUGUUUGUUAAACCCAGGCUUUUUACUCCAUAUGCUGAGGAAAUAAAGUCUGUGGUAGAUGAGCAGACUGCUGGUGGUGUGGACGUGGUCCGACUACAGUGUUACGUCUCCCACAUCCCUGAUGCGCUUUACAUGGUUGAAGACAAUGCUCCUCACCAACCAACCUAUGCUCCACCUACCACUGUGGAUGUUGUUGCAGCCGCCAUACCAGUGCUAUCAAUGGUAAGGCGUGAGAGAGAGCUGGUGUCUACCCCGGGCUAUCAGCGAGCUGCCUCGCUCCUUUUUAGUGACCGACGAAUGCUCAGACGACAAGUGCGCUUACGUGUUGUGAGGGAAUUCAACUUGCCAGAUUCUGUUGCGGAUGUGUUAGAGGGAGCUUCAUACACUGAAGAGGAAGAGGAAGAAGUGGAGAAGCGUUGUUCAGUCAGGGACGAGGGCAGGUCCAAAUUACAUCCUCCAGAAUUCCUCUUGGAUCCACUUCUCGAGCCUCCUUCACAUCACUUCCGUCUUAUGCAAGGUGAUGAAGGACACUUGAGUGAUAUGGUGCCGGACGUAGCUCUGGCCUCUUCCUCGCUGUCUGCCUUGCACUUGGGAGGUAGCAGUCUGGAUGAUCGUCACCUAGGCAGCCUUGAGGGCCUUGAGGAUCUGGAAGGAACCGCAGAUGUCUUUUAGAUCUG